AUGGCUCCUAAUGGCCUUGGUUCCCGCCUUUGGCGUGUCUCUGCCUCUCUUGUUCUCUUCUUGGGUGCCUCGACUAUCUCUGCCACUUCAAGUGUUGAUAACGGUAAACUGUUUACAGUCAAUGGCAUCAACUACUACAGUGGUGAUGCGGUCUCAAAAAUAGUUAUCUCGGAUUCUGAUUCACGUCGAUUCGAUGCAAUCGUUCCCCUGACGGUCAUUCGGACAGGUGAAGCUCUACUCACCUCGGACAUUGUAAAGGAAACCAUUUCAAACUAUUCGGCCACCGAUGAUGUUUUUCAGCCAGGAUUUCUUGAAGCGGUUUUCCUUGUCCAUGAUGGACAUGGUCGGGGCCAGGUCGAGUCUGCUGUUCAAGAAACUCUGAAGGGACUUGGGAAUAAACUUUUGAUGGCUUCUUCCAGCUAUCGAUCUGGAAAGCAUCUCACAUCCACCAAACUGCGUCAGGACAUACCAAAGGGGCCCUACUUUUACUCGCCACGGACUGGAGAGGUCUAUCAAGCCUUCCGUCUCUAUUCCGAUCAUCAGUUAGCAUUCACUGAAGCUGCCCUCAGUGACGGGGCCGGAGGAUUCAAGCCCUUGCCAGCCAUCUCAUCGGGUGCAAUGACGAAGAGCAUUGCGGUACCAUCUAGACUAUAUUAUACGCCAACAUCAAGGAAGCCACUUGCAGGGUUACGUCUCGGUGUGAAAGAUAUCUUUGAUAUGAAGGGACUGCGGACUAGCGGUGGUAAUCGGGCGUUUUACGACUUAUAUCCUCCGCGAAACACCACCGGUCCCGCCCUGCAAGGACUCAUAGAUUCGGGUGCUAUUAUUGUAGGAAAAAUGGGCACUGUGCAAUUUGCAAAUGGAGACAAUCCCACAGCCGACUGGGUCGACUUCCACUGUCCUUUCAACCCUCGAGGUGAUGGCUACCAAGCCCCUGGUGGUUCUUCUUCGGGACCUGGUGCCGGUAUCGCGUCUUACGACUGGCUCGACAUUGCCGUGGGAAGUGACACAGGCGGCUCUAUGCGCAGCCCAGGUGGAAUGCAAGGACUCUACGCCAACCGCCCUUCUACCGGGGCCGUAUCUCUCGACAAUGUCCUUCCCCUUUGCUACGCACUGGAUACAGCGGGCGUUUUUGCUCGCAAUGCUGCCACCUGGUCGAAGGUUAUGCAUGCGUGGUACCAGAACUUCACGGACUAUAGAGAGUAUCCGAAAAAAUUGUUCUACCAGAACUCUUCUUUCCCGAAAUCCAACACAGCAUCCGGUGCUCUGCUCGAGGAAUUCGUUAUGAAAGUGGAAGACUUCCUGGGUACGAAGAGAGAAUUUGUUGAUAUUGCUUCGCACUGGGAGCAAAGCCGCCCUUCAGAUACACCCUCGAAAAUCAAUGACUUACUGAAUAUGACAUAUGCUGCAUUGGUAUCUGUCGAUCAAUAUCGCUCUCUUGCUGUGCCGUUUUACGCAGACUAUGCAGCAGAGCACGACGGUCGUCGACCAUUUAUAAACCCAGGUCCCUUGUCUCGAUGGACCUGGGGCCAGAAUAAUGGCGGCGAUGCCAUAUACGAUGAAGCUUUCCAUAACAAGACAAUCUUCAAAAACUGGUGGGAAUCAGAUGGAUACGGAAAGGCAGACGAAAGGACCUGCUCCGAGGGUAUCUAUAUCUAUCCUUACAGCACGGGUGGGACGCAGUAUCGGAAUGCCUAUUUUGCUGCCCCUUCUGGUCCUCCGAUGGGCUUUUCGGAUGGUCGGAUGGCCGUCUUGACCGGUACCCCUGAUCUGGUGGUUCCUGUUGGAGAGGUCCCCUAUUACUCCACCAUCUCGCUGAAGACAGAAUUCAUGCCUGUUACGAUGAGUUUCGUCGCAGCCCGGGGCUGUGAUUUGAUGCUGGUCAAUCUCAUUGAGGAAUUGGAACAGUCGGGUAUCUUGAAGCCCGUGAGCACAGGGUCAAUGAUGUAUCCUGCAUGA